AUGUUAGUUAUAUUGUCCAACCACUUCUCCUGGCCCGUGCAGGCUACUUUCAUCAAGGUUGUCACUAUUGACGUGGAGAAUCGCCAACAGGUCAAAGUCAAAGUCAAGGCUCAGUGGGCAACCGAGGACAAGAUGAGGGACACUUUGAAAAUGACCCCGCAGCGGAUCAAAGCGAUCAAGGAAUAUUGCGAAGCUCACCCAAACCAUACCAAGUGGGACAAGUACGAGUCCAAAACCCAGUACUGGGUUGAAGAUGAUAUCGAAGCCGAGUGGGAAUCCCUCCGUGCCAAGAGCACCCGCGAAACCAGCCAGUAUGAAACUGAGCAGUCGGCGGAAGAUGUGCUGAUGUGUGCCUCAGCACCGGUGGCACUGGACAUGAGUGAAGUGCGGGAUGUGCAGUCAGGCUUGCCUAGCAGUGGGAGUGGUGGCCCCAGCCCUGGUGAUAGCCAACGCCAUGGUAAAGAACAGAUCUUGCCCCAAAUCCAGAAGAACCAGAAGGAAGUGAAGAGCAAGUAUGAGGCUAUUCCGGAUGAUUCCCAAAAUUCGACCCACAAGGCGUUCAUCAUGAAGCUUGGCGACCUUUCUGACAACUUGGAGAAAAAGCAGUCAGAGAUCAACAAUGUCUACUCUUCUGGGGCCGUUGAGGGUUAUGAUGAUGCGGCCCAGGAGUCCGUGACGAUGGAGGCCCGUUCGAAAUCCAUUCCCAUUCCCAAGGCUAAGGCGGCUACUGGGAAAGCCAAGGCAAAGGCCAAGGCUCCCGCAAGCCGCCUCAAACGGUUUGCUCGAAGUGCUGUGGAAGAGGCCAAGGAGAUGGGCGCCUGGCACGUGUCUGCUGCCAUUCAAAGGGCUUGCAAUUUGACUGAGGAGAACCUAAAAAAUGCAGAACGGGAUUUGCAUUCACUGUUUCGUCGAUAUGAGUUGGCCAUACCCGUGAAUUUGAGUUGCAUGCGCUUUGGACUCUUGUACCUUCACUACAUCUCUUUGGAGACCUGGUUUCGAUUCCUGCUAGCUGAUUACCCACAUCUGUUGUUGGGUGGCUUUAACACUGGAGACCCACGAUCUGGAGUUUUGCUGGAAUCAUUCUGGGAAGCUUACCGUGUAGCUCAUGGUGACCACUUUGUUUUCAGAGAGCACCCUAGAGACUUGAAACGUUGCGUGCCAUUCUAUUGGCACCUUGAUGAGGGCACUGGCCUAAGGAAAUCAGCAGUACUAGUCUUCAAUAUGCAAACUGCAUUUGGGUCUGAAACUGCUAGCUUGUUCGAGAAAAAAUUCACUGAUGGGUCGGGAAGAUCCGAUGCAGAGAUCAAACAAUACAUGCUGGAAUCACAGUUUCACAAUCAACGUGGAUCAUCUUUACUCAGCCGGUUUCUCUACACCAUCAUUCCCAAAAGGUGGUACACCAAAAAAUUUGACUUCGUUUAUGACAAAGUUUUGGAUCGACUGGCAACGGAGACUGCCAGACUGGCCUGUGAAGGUGUCCGGGGUAUGUAUCCAAUUUGCCUUGGCGUCAAAGGCGAUGCACCAGCACUGGCAAAAGCAGCCCAUUACUUUCGAAGUUUCAUGACCCUUGAACUAUGCCAUUAUUUAUAUCCCAUAGGAUCCAUGUAUGCUAUAUAUGGUAACAUUUACCAUCAAUAUAUACCCCCAAUGUUAUAUAGCAUAUAUACCAUACAUGGAUCCUAUGGGUAUUUGUGGCUAUAUAACCUUUUUAUUUGGGACUUUUCAAGGGUAUCUUAUUUGAUCUUACGGGUCACAUUUUCCCACACCAAACAAAACAAGUGA